CCUCAUCUACUCGUGGAAGUCGACAAUCAAAAAUCAAAACUAUCAACCAAUCAGCUUUAAAAUUGAAGCACCAUUUACCUAAAUGGAUCUCAGGAACUUUGGCCUAUCCAACAUGGGGUUAGAAUCGCAGCUCCUCUCAACCCUCCAAGACAUGCUCGACUUCGCCGACGACCACGAAAAGCCGGCCGGGUCACACCACAACAACCCAUCCCGGGCCUACGUCCUGGACGCGAAGGCGAUGGCGGCGACCCCGGCCGACGUGAAGGAGUACCCGAAUUCCUACGUGUUCAUCGUGGACAUGCCGGGGGUGAAGGCCGCGGAAAUCAAGGUGCAGGUGGAAGACGACAACGUUUUGGUGGUGAGCGGGGAGCGGAAGCGGAAGAGGGAGAAAGACGAGAAGGAUGGGGUGAAGUAUUUGAGGAUGGAACGGAGGGUGGGGAAGUUUAUGAGGAAAUUUGUGCUGCCGGAGAAUGCCAACGUGGAGGCGAUAAAUGCGGUUUAUAAGGACGGGGUGUUGCAGGUGACGGUGGAGAAAUUGCCGCCGCCGGAGCCUAAGAAGCCCAAGACAGUUGAAGUUAAGGUUGCGUAGGAGAAGAAGACGUCGAAUGCAUAUAUGUGCUAGUGUAAUGGGUUUAACGGAGUAAUUAAAAAGCUUUGCUGCUUUGGUGUGUUUCUUCCAGAUGUGUUUUCUCACUUUUAUGUAAUAUGUACUAAGAUCUAAAUAUAUUUGAGUUUUUGAAGGAGUUUUACUACAUGUAAUUUCUAUUUUUA